AAACCGAAAGCAAUGGUGGCAGGGUGGGAUAGGUGGUGCUAGGCUGUGUUUCCCAUCCUUUGCAUUUCCCUUCCCUUGCGCUUCCUUUCCCUUGCGCUUCCUUUCUUCUUCUUUUUCCUUCUCCUUCUCUUCGCUUUCCCUUCCCGCGGAGAAAGAAGGAGAAGCUCCSUUUCAGGGGCGCUGCCCGCCAGUGACGAGCUGUACAGGGCUCUGCCCACCGGGCGGGACUUGCGGGGAACUGGAAAGUAAAACUUUACGGGGAAUUGGAAGGGGAAGCGCUCUUGGGUAUCGGGGCAGAGCCGGCGGCUCCCGAGCUGUGCGGAUCGCGCUGCGCAGCAUCGCCCGUGUGCGGAGGCAGGAGCGCCACGGUCCCCAGCGCCCAGCGCUGUCCUCGCCCCGCAGAGCUGGAACAGACCCAGAGGAGUCCCCGGCCGGGCGAUGGAGGGUCCUGGGCAGGAGGGUCCUCGGCACCCCCGAGRUGGAGCGAGAGGGCAUGUACUUCAUUUGGACACCGGCUUUAUAGGAAGGAGCAGAACAGGCCGGACACCUCAGUUAGGGGAAAACCUCCAAGACAGUAAUUAUAUUCCUCCACCUGGGCAAAGAGAASAGAGAUUUGGCAGUUUAAUUGUAAAGGUGCCUGAAUCAAGUAAAAACAAGCCAAGAAGCCAAGGUCAACAGGCCAACAGUGGAACCACUGGAUUCUGGACUAAACAGGAAAAUGAGGGAAGGAGAAUGAGGUAUCAAGGUGGGCAAACACAUGAUAGGGACAGAGAACCCUGGAAUGAGCAAGAAAAUGUAUUUAGAGGAAGGAGGUAUCAGCUUGGACAAGCCCRUGAGAGGACCAGAGGAUCCUGGAAUGAGCAAGAAAAUGGAGGCAGGGGAAGAAGAUAUCAAGGUGGACAAGCUCAGAGAAGAGAUAGAGGGAGAGGGCUGAGGAGUGGGUGGGAAAAUGAAGGUAGCAGGCAGAGGAUGCAACCUCAGGAGAACCCUCAUUUCUGCCAGAUUGUUAACCCAGGUGGUGCCCACUACAGUGAGCAGCCUCGGCAAGUCAGAAGGAUUGGCUAUAAAUUCCUGGAAAGUCUCCUSGAGAAAGACCCCUCAGAAGUUGUCAUCACACUUGCUUCCAGUUCGGGGUUGAAGGAACUUCUUUCCCAAACAACUAUGAACCACAAUUUCGUUCAGCUCAUUUGCCGGGUACUUCAAAAAGCAUGCAGUUCCCAAAUGGAUAGACAGAAUGUCCAAAAGCUUCUUGGAGUGGUGAGGGAGUCCAACUUUCUCAAGAUCUGUCUGCCACAGUAUGUGUCUGACAUGGUAACAGAAGUAGUUCCUGCUGUACGCCGUGAGUACCCUGAGCAUAUCAGCAACAUCAUUUCACUUCUUCAGGACCUGAUCAGUACUUUCCCAGCCAGCUCUGUACAGARAGUCUCCAUUCUCUUGACAGUCUUGCCAGCAUCCGUAAAUGCCYUGAGAGCUUCUGGUGUGACCAUCACAGAAGAGACAGAGAAGAAUCUCAAUAGAGUCCAGAUGCUCAUGCAGCAUCUGCAGGAAAAGAGACGUGAAGGCACACUGAGGACUGAUAACUGUACAUUUAUGAAACCUCAAGACGGSCAAGAAGAAACCUAUCGUUUCAUGAGCAUUUAUCCAACAUAUGAUGAGGUACACUGUAAUGAGAAACCUUUUCUACAUCCCAAUAUUGUUUCUGGAAGAUAUGAAAGUGCCAGCAUUUAUCUUGACACCCACUUCCGACUUUUGAGAGAAGACUUUGUGAGGCCUUUAAGGGAAGGUAUCAUGGAGGUUUUGCAGAGCCUUCAGGACAGAAAUUUGAGAAAGAAAAAAUUUGAUGAUAUCAGGAUCUACUUUGACACACGGAUUAUUGCCCUGCGUUGUACCUCAACUGGUAUUGCUUACAAGGUCCAAUUUGACACAAAACCAUUGAGGUUUGUUCAGUGGCAGAAUUCUAAACGAUUGAUCUAUGGAUCCCUGGUCUGCAUGUCCCAAGAUCACUUUGAAACAUUCCUUUUCGCCACUGUUUCUAAUCGUAAUGCUGCAGAACUUGUCAAUGGGAAUGUGGAGCUGUGUUUUGAUGAAGAGAGCCAGCUACUGCUUGACGAUGUCCGACCCUCAGACUCUUUCCUCAUGGUAGAGACAACUGCCUACUUUGAGGCCUAUCGGCAUGUGUUAGAAGGGUUGCAGGAAAUGCRGAAAGAAGAUAUCCCAUUCCCGAAGUACAUUGUGGAAUGUGAUGCAGAUGUGAAGGAGCCGGCGUACCUGACAGAGGAUACUGCCUACAACUUUGCACCCUUGGUGAAGACUUCACGUCUAGAGAAGUGCCCCGAUACCUUGAGAAGUGUCUGUGUUCUAGAUCCCAAUCAAUGGCUUUCAAUGGAAGCCUUGAAAUUGGAUGACUCUCAGAUUCAGGCAUUGAAUCUUGCACUCACCAAGGARCUGGCUAUUAUCCAAGGACCUCCUGGCACUGGGAAGACUUACGUGGGUUUGAAGAUUGUUCAGGCUCUCUUGACUAAUGCGUCCAUGUGGCAAAGGACUUACAGUCCCAUUCUUAUAGUCUGCUACACUAACCAUGCAYUGGAUCAGUUCUUAGAAGGAAUACUCUCAUUUCAAAGAGAUGGGAUAGUGCGUGUUGGGGGCAGGAGUAGCAGUUUGGCCCUGCACAGAUGCACCUUAAAGGAGCUGAGGAAGGUGUUUGUUCAAAGAGAAGACUUCCCAGACUACCUUCCCAGAGCUUAUGAAAAUAUAAAGACUGAGAUGGAAGAUGUUGAGCAGGAGCUCCUUGAAAGAGCAGAUCGAUUGACAUGCACGACCUAUGGAAUUCUGCAUGAGCGCUACUUGAAACCGCAUAUUGCUCCCCAGCACUGGGCCAGCCUGAUGAAGGAUCUGGAGGGCGCUGGGUUACACUACAAUGGUUCAAUAAUUAUGGAGUGGUUGGUCCCCGAUGAAUCUGUCUUCACCCCGAAUGCUGCAGAGGGUAUAUGGGCUGAAAAUCCAGGUGGUGAGSAGGAAAGAGAGGACAAGGGGGAAGGUGAAGCAGAAGAGGAACUUUUGGCGAUCCCAGAGAUGGCUGACCUGAUUGAAGCUGAGAGAAUGAUUGAUGAUGAAAAGAUAGCAAACCCUCAGAGGAGGAAGGAAGAAGAGGACAGAGCUAUUAAUGAACUAGCCAGUGCCAUGCUGGCUGUGAAGCUGAACCAGGAAGAAGGAACAGCUCAACCACUACAGCAGACCAUGCAGUGGGAGGUGGCUCCUGGACAGAGGAGGAAAAUGAAGCAGAAGAUGAAGCUUACGCUCCCUAAAGUGAAGGCAAUGACAGAGUUAGAGGCCGAUGCUAUUCAGGAUCUGUGGAAACUUGACCUGAACUCUCGCUGGAGGCUUUACAGGCUUUGGCUGGAGACUUACCGGAGUUUUAUUCUAGAGGACAUUCGGGAGAGUAAACAGCAGUAUCAGGAUGCAGCAGAAAGAAUGAAAGAACUGAAGCURAAGGAAGAUCUCUUCAUUCUCCAAGAGGCCAGAAUUGUGGGGAUGACAACCACAGGUGCUGCCAAAUACCGACGGAUCUUGCAGCACAUAAAGCCACAAAUCGUAAUUGUAGAAGAGGCAGCAGAGGUGCUCGAGGCUCACACCAUUACUACUCUGAGUAAAGAUUGCCAGCACCUCAUCCUCAUUGGAGAUCACCAGCAGUUGCAGCCUAGUGCUAACGUAUAUGACCUGGCCAAGAACUUCAACCUCGAAGUCUCUCUCUUUGAACGUCUGAUCAAAGUGAAUUUCCCCUUUGUCUGUCUGAAAUAUCAACACCGCAUGCGCCCUGAAAUUGCCCAACUUAUCAGUCCUCAUAUAUACCAGAAACUGGAGAACCAUCCUUCUGUCCUGGAAUAUGAGAAUAUAAAAGGCGUCUCAACUAACGUCUUCUUUGUGGAACAUCAGGUUCCUGAGCAAGAGAUUCAGGAAGGGAAAAGCCACCAGAACCCACAUGAAGCCCACUUUGUAGUGGAACURUGCAAAUACUUCUUAUGUCAGGGCUAUGAACCUUCUAAGAUCACCAUUCUCACUACUUACACUGGACAGCUCUUCUGUCUGCAAAAGCUCAUGCCAGCGAAGAUCUUUGAAGGUGUGAAGGUUCAUGUAGUAGAUAAGUACCAGGGGGAGGAGAAUGAUAUUGUUCUGCUGUCACUGGUGCGGAGCAAUGAAGAGGAGAGAUCUGGGUUCUUGAAGAUCCCUAAUCGGAUAUGUGUGGCAUUAUCCAGAGCUAAGAAAGGGCUGUAUUGUAUUGGAAACAUGAGAAUGCUUGGCAAGGUUCCUCUCUGGAGCAAGAUCAUUCAAACCCUUGAGGAGAAUGGUCACAUUGGCCAGUCACUGGARCUUUGCUGUCAAAACCACCCUGAAACCAAGACCCAGGUAUCUACAGGUGARGACUUCAACAGAGUCCCGGAGGGAGGCUGUAGUCGUCCCUGUGAGUUUAGAUUGAGUUGUGGACAUGUUUGUGCAAGGGCAUGUCACCCAUAUGACCCGAAGCAYAAAGAUUACCAGUGCCUGAAGCCUUGUCAAAAGGUGCUUUGUGCAGAUGGGCACCGCUGCACAAAGCCAUGUUAUGAGUCCUGCGGAAAAUGUGUGGUGAAGGUAGAGAAAACUAUUUCUAAGUGUGGCCACACACAGAUGGUGCCAUGCCAUAUUCCAGAGAGAGAAUUUAAGUGCCUGGAACCUUGCCAGAAGAAGUUAAACUGUGGACACACAUGCAGGGAUUCCUGUGGGCAGGGAUGCACAGUGCCAUGUCCUGAACAGGUUACAGCCACACUGAAAUGUGGCCACAAGCAGAAAGUUGAAUGCUGGAUCACUACUACGGAUUGUGAAGAGACUGUGAAAUGUAUGACUGAAUGUUCUGUCACACUGGCAUGUGGUCAUGUAUGUUCAGGUUCAUGUCAUACUUGCUUUGGAGGAAGAUUUCAUAAGGCAUGUAACAGCCCAUGCAAGCGCUUCUUGAUCUGCUCCCACAAGUGUCAAGAGCCUUGUACUACAGAAUGCCCUCCUUGUCAGAARGAAUGUGAGAACUACUGUAUUCACAGUAAGUGCAAAAAGAAAUGUUGGGAAAGCUGUGUUCCUUGUGCCGAGCCAUGUGAGUGGCGGUGCCAGCACUACCAGUGUACCAACCUUUGCUCUGAGCCGUGCAACAGGCCUCGCUGCGAUGUUCCAUGUCCUAAGAUACUGCCCUGUGGUCAUCCCUGUGCUGGAUUGUGUGGAGAGCCCUGUCCAAAGAAGUGCCUUGUUUGUGACCAUGAGGAGCUCACUCAGAUCUUUUUUGGCUUUGAGGAUGACCCAGAUGCUCGAUUUGUACAGCUUGAAGACUGUGGCCAUGUCUUUGAGUCACAAGGCCUUGACCAUUAUAUGGAUGAAGAUGAUGAUGCCAUCAAGCUGAAGGUAUGCCCUAUGUGCCAGACACCCAUCAGAAAGAAUCUGAGAUAUGGCACCAGUGUGAAAAGGCGGGUGGAGGAGAUAGAACGAGUGAAACAGAAAAUCCAAGGCCCAGCACAGGAAACUGAAUCUAGCAGAAAAAGACUGCAGGCUGCCCUGCUGCAGAGUGUUGACCUAAGGAAAACUCUAUGGUCUAAGUACGCCAUGCUGUUAGAUAAACUAAAAGCUUUUUCCCUCUCCACAAGGAGUAUCGGACUAAUUGAGAACCUGAUUAAUUUCUACAAACGUGUAGCAGACUUAAUCCAUUCUAUGGACAAAAUUGAUGCGAAUGAAAAGAAGGGGCUGAGAAAGAGGCUGGAUGAAGUCCAGGAGUGGCUGGAUAAGCAACGCAUCAGUUUUACAGGACAGGAGCUCUCUGACCUGCAGUCUGAGAUCCAGAGACUGACUUAUUUGCUGAACCUCUUGACAUGGUGCAAAGCAAGUAGGAUGAUGUCCCGAGACAUUGCAGCAGAGGUUAAUGAUGCACGUGAGAUCCUGGAAGGGACAAGGAAAUUCACGGAGRAGGAUGAGGCUGCAGUGAAGGCUCACCUGGAGAAGAUCAAUGCUCUCUCCACUGUGCCUGUGUCAGGGCUGGGGAUUUCUGAAGCUGAGCGGGUGCAGAUUGUCACUGCUAUUGGCUAUCGCCCGGGCCACUGGUUCAAGUGCAAAAAUGGACAUAUCUAYGUGAUUGGGGAGUGUGGGGGAGCAAUGCAGAGGAGUACGUGCCCUGAAUGCCAUGAAGUCAUCGGCGGCACAAACCACACACUGGASAGCAGCAACAGCCUGGCCCCAGAGAUGGACGGGGCGAGCCACGCAGCCUGGUCCGAUGUAGCCAACAAUAUGCUCAACUUCGAGGACCUCCGCCACCUGAUGUAGUGCGGUGUGAGCCUCGCUUCUUACCACAGAUGUGCGCGCACGGCCGGCCACAGCCCGAUUGCUUUCACUGUUUCCUUCCUCGCUAAUAAAGUGUGUAUCGCUG